AUGACUUUUGAGUACCUCAUCUCAGAUCAUGCAGCAAAAGAGCCGGUGGAAGAUACGGAUCCNAGCACUCGUUCCUUAACAAUGACUGAAAAAUAUCCUGUCCAAGACACAGGAGUACCUAAAGAUGAGGAAUACCUAACAGAUCAAGUUACAUUGGAAAUUGCAUCUGUGAACAUCAAGACCCUUACGUCAGAUUCUGGCCUAAUCCAACAGCCAGAAGACAAAGACACGCAAAACCAUAGCGAUGAAUCACUUUCAGAUCUCAAGAAAACCUGCAAGGAAAAUGGCACCUGCUCCUUGUGCUUAUUCCGUGCACCGACCAUCAGUGACAUGCUCAAUGAUGAGGACUUGUUGUACACAGUGAGGCUAAAGCUGGAUCCCUGCCACCCAACAGUGAAAAACUGGAGAAAUUUAGCAAGCAAGUGGGGGAUGACUUAUGAUGAAUUGUGUUUCCUUGAACAGAAGCCCCAAAGUCCCACCUUGGAGUUCUUGCUACGGAAUAGUGACAGGACUGUGGAGCAGCUGAUUGAUCUCUGUAAAUUUUAUAAGAGAAUGGAUGUUGUGAAAGUGCUGCUGAAAUGGGUGGAAGAGGAAUGGCCCAAGAGAGGGAACAGAACUUACCAGAAUGACUUCUAGGCCAAAGAAACUUGUUAGUCCGUAUGUGUUAAAUGCUGGGACUAGCUGCCACUAGUACAUGGGAGGUUUCCCUUGCAAGAGAGAGCAAGCCUGUACUGACGGUUUGUAUACUGUGUAAGCUUUAUGUACUGUAUACACGUAUAUAUGUUCUGUGCCCUCAGGGUUGCAAAGAUAACCUUCCAAAAAUGGAUGGAAUAAUGCAGGUUGUGUUCUUGAGUCUACAAAUGCCUUCAGUUUCUUUGCU